AUGGGAAGAGACUCAACAACCGAAAUCAGCUCAGGAGGGGAAGCGAACCCUGCCAUGUCUGAAAAGAAUCCUACCAAUUUUACUAGGGUCAGUGCUGAGGAGCGUUCCAUACGCGACGAAAUAGACAUUGUCGGGGAGGAGAGUCCCGGUGUUGUACGAGCAAGAAUUUUGGCAGACCAUCUUACAACUUGGGAAAGCGUGAGAAUAUUUGUCUCUCUCUUUUUCCUUGCCUAUGUAUAUGGUCUUGAUGGAACUCUUCGAUACGUAUACCAGGUAAGAACCUUCAGUGGCUUCACGUUACCCUAAGCAUUGCUAAAGAUUUUCAAAGCCUUACGCAACUUCUGGGUUUGGCACCCACUCGACUCUUGCAACUAUCAAUGUUCUUCGAGCCAUCAUUGCUGCAGCUGCUCAGGUAGGAACUUGAUGACCCAGAGUGUUUAAACAUAAGUUGACAUGGGCAGCCCACUGCUGCCAAGAUUGCCGAUGUUUUCGGAAGAACAGAGCUCAUAGUUGUGAGCGUUGCAUUUUAUGUGCUCGGUAUGUAACUCCUUGUAGAUGACGAAUUAUACUAACUCUUUACAGGAACUAUCGUUGAAGCCGGUUGUCACAAUGUCCAGGGAUUUGCUGCUGGUGCGGUAAUAUAUCAGGUGUGUACUUGCAAAUCAAACUCCACGAAAAACUGAAAGUGUUCUGACUUUUAGAUUGGGUACACAUCGAUUCUCGUCCUUGUUGAAGUAGUUAUCGCCGACAUUACUUCUCUGAAAUCGCGCCUGGUGUUUUCAUUUGUGCCAGCUCUGCCUUUUUUGGUACGCUCUCCUUGCUCUUAGAGACUAAUUCAUGAGGCUGACGAUUCCAGAUCAAUACUUGGGUUAGUGGUGAUAUUAGCGCAGCUGUUCUAGGUGUGACAAGCUGGAGGUGGGGUGUUGGGAUGUUUGCAAUCAUAUAUGCUUGUAAGUAUAGUCAUUUCUCAAAAUUCUUUUGUUUCAAGUAACUCACACUUCAUCAGUUGUAUCCAUUCCAUUGAUUGUUUCGCUCUGGUUGCCAUAUCGCAGAGCUCAAGCUACCGGGGCGUUGGAUAACUACAGAAGUACAUUGCAAAUGUUGGGGAAGCGACGUCUAGCAGCCGCAAUAUUUUGGCAAUUAGACGUGGUUGGGAUUAUUUUGCUGAUUGCUGUGUUUGCUUUAAUCCUUGUUCCAUUCACCAUUGCUGGUGGAGCUUCUGAGCAAUGGAGCAAGGGAAAAGUCAUUGCACCUUUGAUCAUUGGCCUAUUUUGCAUCCCAAUCUGGAUAUGGUGGGAAACCCGAGCCCAAUAUCCAAUGUUACCUUUUGAGGCAAGUUAUCCUUUGUGAAAAGAAAGUCUUCAUCUAUCCUAACUUACAAUAGCUACUGAAAGAUCGUGCGGUAUGGUCAGCUCUUGGAAUUGCUUGUAUGCUCACCUUCUGCUGGUAUUUGCAAGGCAAUUUCUUGUAUACUGUACUCGUAGUCUCGUUCGACGAAUCAGUCAAAAGUGCUACACGCAUUUCGUCACUCUACAGGUAAGCAUCCACUCAUUCUCAAAUGAUUUGCAUGCUAAAUCUUUAAAGCUUCUGCUCAGUAAUUGCUGGUGUUAUUCUUGGUUUCAUUGUACUAAAAGUUCGUUAUCUGAAGCCCUUUAUCUUAUUCGGUUCCGUCCUCUUUCUGGCAGCCUUCGGAGUCCUCAUCAAGUACCGAGGCGGUUCAGGACCAGCAAGUCACUCUGGUGUCAUCGGCACACAAAUAAUCCUCGGAAUCGCUGGUGGUCUAUUCUCAUAUCCCGCUCAAGCAUCCAUACAAGCGGCAACCAAACGCCAACAUGUAGCCGUCAUCACAGGUCUCUACCUUGCAACAUUUAACAUUGGAAAUGCAUUUGGUAACACGAUAUCAGGUGCCAUCUGGACGCAAACACUUAUUCCGACUUUGCUCAAAAACUUGCCUCCUCCGUACAACAACUUGACAAUAGCUCAAGGGAUCUACGGGUCCCCAUUUGAGUAUGCGGCGAAUUAUACGAUCGGUAACCCAGUGAGAGACGGAAUGGUGGUGAGUUAUCGAUACACGCAAAAGUUGUUGACUAUUACUGGGAUCUGUCUAUGCGUGCCAUUGAUUAUUUUUAGCUUGUUGAUUCGUAAUCCCAAACUGAGUGAUGAGCAGAGUUUGGAGGAUGCGGAACAGCCGAAGGUAUCGACGAAACCAUGGUGGAAGUAG